AGCAGUCUUGUGUACAGGAAGCUAAAUAGACACAGUUUCUCUUUUUGCCUGCUGCUUGCAGACUCUGCAGAGGAGGAGGAGGGUAACCACUGGGUUCACAGCACGCACUGGGGAUGCGACACCCGGCAAAAGAAAGUAGAACAGGCAAAUAAGCUUUCUCCUCCCCCAUUCCCUUUUUUGCUAUUAGCUUGAAGGCUUCUUUGCUCAUGUAAUGCACUCGCUCACCCAAGAAAUCAGAUCCUUUUCCAGGACUAAUUUAAGAAAACAAUGUACCAGAGUCACCACUUUAUCAGGGAAGAGGAUUAUAGAGACGUGGAAGGAUGCCCGAAUGCAGGUGGUCGAAGCAGCUGAUCUCAGUGACGGCGAUGCCUGCGGUUACGUGCAGGACCUGAGUUUGGAUCUGCAAGUGGGUGUCGUGAAACCCUGGCUCUUGUUGGGAUCACAGGAUUCUGCCCAUGACCUGGAGACCAUGAAAAAGUACAAGGUUACUCAUGUUCUAAAUGUUGCCUAUGGAGUAGAAAACGCUUUCCCUGAUGACUUCACAUACAAGACUAUCUCUAUCCUUGAUCUGCCUGAGACUGACAUUGUGUCUUAUUUUCCUGAAUGCUUUGAAUUUAUUGAACAAGUCAAGUUAAAGGACGGUGUGGUGCUUGUUCACUGUAACGCAGGAGUCUCUCGUGCUGCCACCAUUGUCAUCGGCUUCCUCAUGCAUUCAGAAGGACUCAGUUUUUCUCAGGCUUUUUCUGUGGUGAAAAAUGCCAGACCUGCCAUUUGUCCAAAUUCUGGUUUCAUGGAGCAACUUCACAAAUACCAACAGUGCAAUAAUAAAGCAAAUGGAACCUUAAAUGAUAUCUGAACCGGGGAGAAUUCAUCUUUGUAGUUGCACUGAAAUGGAAGAUGCAGCCAACAAUUUUGGCUGCGUUCAUGGGACACACCCAGAAUUGCCUCGUGAAGCUGAACUUGGUUAACAUUCAUGCUCUUAUGCAUUGCUUCAAAUCCAUUUCCGGUCAACUAAUUCUUCUGUGUGUGUUUCUUCUUUUUAAAAACAUUUUCACAGUAAUGGGUGUAGCAAUAAUCAAUCAGCUUGGAUUUGCAAUGUAGCUGCUGUUCUGCAUGCAACUGUCUUCUAUUGAUGCAAGUUUGUAUAGGGUCCUGAACAGGAGUUAUAAUUUUUCCGGCCUAUCAUCUAUUUUCAGACAAAAUUAUUUCAUAGCAGUCACAACAAUUUAUUUGAACCAAAAUGAUCAAAUAUCAUAGGCAGGGGGGUUGGCUUGCUAGUUGGUCAAACGCAAGGAAAUGUCAGUUUACUCCUGAAAGUUGCUGGUAGGUGCUCGAAAAGAAACAUGUCAGCCCGUUUGCCAUGAUGUCACAUGACAUUCAAUGGGUGUCCAGUUUGCAUGAUUGUAAAAACACAGAUAAUAAACAUUCCUAUAAAAAUAAAACAUUUCUUGAUUAUAUCUUUGAAAUGAGUUGUGUUCCCUUAUUCACUUUGGGCAAGGCUGUUCUCCAUUAUGGGAAACACUGUCCUCCAUUAUUCCAUAGGUGCAACACUGUUCUCCAUUAUACCCUGUGGGCAAGGCCAUUGUACCUUGUGGACAAGGCUUUCCUACAUUAUUCCCUACAGGCAAGGGUUUCUCUCCGUUAUUCCCUAGUGGCAAAGCUGUUCUCCAGUAUUUCCUGUGGGCAAGGUUGUCCUUCAGUAUUCCCUGUGGGUUAGGCUGUCCUCUAGUUUUUCCUGUGGGCAGGCUGCCCUCUAAUAUUCCCUAGUGGCAAGGCCUCCAGUAUUUCCUGUGGGUAAGGCUGUCCUCUGGUACUUUCUGUGGCAAGGCUGUCCUCCUUGUGGGUAGGGCUGUCCUCUGGUAUUCCCUAUGGCAAGGCUGUACUCCAGUAUUCCCUGCGGGCAAGGCUAGCCUCUGGUAUUCCCCGUGGACAAGGCUAUCCUCCAUUAUUUCUUGUGGCAGAGAAGAACAAAUCGAUGGGCUGAGAGGAGAGAGCAGCUGUCCCCUGUCCCAUCUUUCUCUGCCCCCCACCCCCAUGCUCCUGGCUGUCAGGAAUAAUGGAGGACAACUUUGCCCAUAGGGAAGAAUGGAGCAGAGCAUUAGCUGCAGGACAUAAUGGAGGAAAACUUUUCUCAUAGGAAAUACUGCAGGAGAACCUUGCCCACAGGGGGUAAUGCAGGGCAGGAAAAAAUAAAUUUAGGAAAGCAAAAAAUGGAUCAUAUUGACAUGAUUGUAGAAAUUAAAGAAAUAAGGAAAGAUAUAAAAGGAUUACCCUCUGGUCUUAAAAUGUGAAAGAUGAUGUGAAGGCCUUUUAGACUAAAAAUGAAGUACACCAGAAAGAAAGCCACCAGCAAACUGAGAAAUUACUCUGUCUGGUGUCAAAGCAAAAAGAAUGCAAACUAGAAUCAGGGCCAUGCCAGAGAAGGUUGGAGAAGACCUUAAAAAGAUUUUAUCCCAGAACUGGCAAGACUUGAGUCUUUACCCAUUAGAGAAACUGAAGCUAUGGUAACUGAAGCUAUGGUGGAUGAAAUAUACCAAGUAAAGUCAGUGGCUGCUAAGAAAAAAAAUUGCCCAAGGAUUGUGUGAUAUAUCUGACAAGAAGAUCUUUCAAAGAAGAAAUUCUAUCUAAUCACUACAGUCAAAAAAUGCAGUAACAAGGCCAGAAUUUGAUUAUAAUGAGGGAGCUGCCAAGAAAGACUUUAAUGAAUCACAGGGAAUACAAAUUUCUUACAGACUCCUUAUGGGUAAAUAAAGAAAUUCCUUUCAGAUGGCUACUACCAGAAGGUCUCAGCUUUACCUUUAAUAGAAUUGACCAGAAAAUCACAGAUGUCCAGACUGCAGGAAAAUUCUUCAACAAGAACAAAAAAGAUCUGCAGUCAACCUGAAGACAUUACUCCCCUCUCUUUCUUAUUGUUUUAACUUUAGAGUAUAUACUAACAAACAAAUAUAAAUUCAAGGAUCUACAAGGUGAGUUAGAGUUAAGGGAUUUGGAACAAUUUGUAAUCUUCAAAAAAAUAUAACAAAUGACUCAUAUAUCAUAGGAGUUUGUAACCAUUAGAAAGGAGGAAAAAAAUCUAGGUAAAAAUGCUUAACAUAUAUGUGGAUAUGAUGCCUAAAUCUGGUUCUGUAUAAGUUAGUAAAUGGUGAUGGGGCUGGUUUCUAUAGAGAUGGGGGCGGGGAAGAAUGGGAAUGGCUGGUUUGGAAGUGGAGGGUACUGUUUUUUGGUAAUGAUGUACACAGGGUGUAAGUGAGAUGGGAGGUCGAUUAGUUUUUCUUUACUGUUUAUUCUUUGUUCUUUUAUCCCGAUGUUUGCUUGUUCUUUUGGGCGUCACUGUAUGGGUUUGUGGUGAUUUUGUGGGGGAUGGGGGUUGACACUGCUUUCUGGUUCCUUUUCUAUGUGGGGUGGCUGGUCUACCAUGUUUGUAGUUGUCUUAGAUUAUAAAAUAAAAAAAAUAUAUUUUAAAAAA